UCGCGCCCCGUCCACGCUUCUCCCUCUCCCCUCCUCCGCCCUGCUCCAGUGUUCUCCGCACACAAAAUUUCUUCCUCGGAGAUUCAAUUCAAAACAAUAGCAUGUCGCGGCCAACCAGAAUAUCUCCUCUCCUCUCGGAAAGACUUGGUCUUCCUCGAACCGAGCGAGAGAACUGGAGAUUAGACACAGACACGGUCGGACGGCUGCAGUGGAGAUAUCUAGACGCGGACUCCGAUAAAGAAGAACUCAAGCGAAGGCCCCAGAGAACUUAUGAGAAGUAUCUUCUGGGACUGGAUAAUGAUCUGCCCGAGCUUCCCCGCGCCGAGAAUGCAUACGAUGCCGCACUCAAUGGCUUGAGAUUCUUCAAAGAACUACAGCUAGACGAAGGAUUCUGGGCAUGUAGAUACGGAGGGCCGAUGUUUUUGCUCAUAGGCAUGGUCGCAGUGCAUUACUACACCAAGACGCCUUUCCCCGAGCCAUGGAGAAUCGAGGUCAUCCGAUACCUGACCAACACCGCACACCCUGUCGAUGGCGGAUGGGGACUCCACUCCGAAGACAAGAGCACGGUUUUUGGAACGUCGGUCAAUUACGUCGUUCUGCGGUUGCUCGGUGUCGAGCCUGAUCAUCCGGUGACUGCGCUGGCGCGCAAGACGCUUCACAAGAUGGGCGGCACCGUGGGAGCGCCUCAAUGGGCCAAGCUGUGGCUCGCGGCUCUCAACUUGUACGAAUAUGAAGGCAUUAAUCCUAUUCCUCCUGAUGCUUGGCUGCUUCCUGAUUGGUUUCCUGCUCACCCCAGCAAAUGGUGGAUUCACACCAGACAGGUUUACUUGCCCAUGGGGUACAUCUAUUCCGAGCGACUCAAGGCCACCCUCGACCCGCUCUUGACGUCCUUGCGGGAAGAGCUAUACACGUGCCCAUACAAGGACAUUGACUUUGCGAAGCAUCGCACGACCGUCUCGCCAAUUGAUGUCUACUACCCGCAUACCACAGUACUGAACGUGAUGAACUCGGCUAUCGUGUUGGCGCAAAACUAUCUACGACCAAACUGGCUGAAACGCAAGUGCCGCGAGACCGUAGUGAAUCUCAUUCGCAAGGAGAACACAGAUACGAAGUACCUCAGUGUCGGACCCGUCAGCUUUGCGUUGAACGCACUGGUAAUGUUUGCUGAGGAAGGGCCAGACUCUGUUGCAUUCAAACGACACCUCGAUCGGACGACCGAUUUCAUGGUUAUGAGUUCCGACGGCAUGCUGAUGAUGGGCACGAACGGAGUACAGGCGUGGGACACCAGUUUCGCCCUGCAGACGAUGUGCACAAUCGGAGCGGCGGAGCUUCCCGAGUUCCAAGAGACAGUCAAGAAGGGUCACAAGUUUCUCAAGAACUCACAGUUCACGGAGAAUUGCUCGCCGGGAUCGUAUCGCGAUCCGAGACUUGGAUGCUGGCCGUUCUCGACAAAAGACCAGGGGUAUACCGUCAGCGACUGCACGUCCGAGGCCAUGAAAGCUGUGCUGAUGGUCCAGAACCUACCGUAUAUCGAAGCAGGGAUACCUGAUGAAAAGAUAUACCCGGCCGUUGACGUGCUGCUCAGCCUGCAAAACCGAGGUUCAUUCUCGUUUGGAAGUUUCUCGUCAUACGAACAAAUCAGGGGGCCACCAAUUCUUGAGUGGAUCAAUCCGGCCGAGGUGUUUGGAAACAUCAUGGUCGAGUACCCGUAUGUCGAAUGCUCAGACUCCGUCGUCAUUGGCCUGUCGUAUUUCAGAGACCACUCAGACUACCGACACGCCGAAGUAGUCCAAGCAAUCGACGACGCCGUGAAGUUCAUCAAGUCUGAGCAAGACUCUAACGGCGGCUGGUACGGAUCAUGGGGAAUCUGCUAUACUUACGCGGGGAUGUUUGCCAUCGAGGCGUUAUCGUACCAGGGCGAGAAUUACGAAAACAGCGAGUGGAUCCGCAAGGGAUGUCACUUUCUGGCCAAGAGGCAGGAGGAGGAUGGUGGCUGGGGUGAGAGCUAUCGGUCCUGCGAAACCGUGACCUACGUCUCCCACGAACAAACCCAAGUUGUAAACACCGCAUGGGCCUGCAUCGCGCUAAUGCUAGCAGACUACCCAGACGUGGAGGUCAUUACUCGCGGCAUCAAGCUGCUCAUGAGUCGGCAGAAGGCGAACGGAGAGUGGCUGCAGGAAGGUAUCGAGGGCGUGUUCAACCGGAGCUGCAUGAUUGAGUAUCCGAACUACAAGUUCUAUUUCUUGAUCAAGGCGCUUGGGAUGUAUGCUAAGAAGUACGGGAAUCCGAAGCUGUGCUGAGCGGUGAUGCUAAAAUAAUCUAUGCUAUUUUCUAG